AUGGCUAUCUCUCUCGAAGGAAUCGGAGAAACCGACCUCAAGCGCUUUGCCAGCUGCUGGCUCAACAGCAGCAUGCAGUGUAAUUGGGAUGGAGCAGCGGCAACCUUCGAUCCAGAGGGCAAGUCCAAGCUCGCUUCAUUCAAGACGGUCACCAGCAAGGCUGGCAAGAAGUACGGCGGAGGCGGAGGCGAUGGUGGCAACGGCGACGGCACUCCAAAGAAGGCCGCCGGCGGUAAGCGCAAGAAAGCUGCAGGAGAGGAUGGCGAGGGCACUACCAAGAAGAAGAUCAAGGGGGCUGGUAAGAGCAAGAAGUCUGAGGAGACCGUCAAUGAAGAAGAUGACGGCCUGACAGUCAAGAGCGAGGCUUCUGCCGGUGAGGAGGAUUAG